AUGCAUGACAUUCUCCCAGUCAAUGAAAGAAAGGCAAGGCAGAAUCAACAUAUUCAAGCUCUAUGUCAAAGAUGCAGGAAUGAAAAUGAAACCAUUACUCAUCUUCUGAUUCAUUGCAAUUAUGCUACAACUGUGUGGAGUGUUAUCUCUCUUGAGGUUUACCAAGAAGUUAGAAAUAUCUCAGAUGUCAGGCAGUGGGUUAAAAGUUGGUGUAAUCCAGACAACAACAUCUCCUUCAACAAAACACUCAUUAUUAACAAGAUUGUCAUCACAAUGUGGUUCAUUUGGAAAUCAAGAUGUGAACUAGUCUUUGACAACAACAGAUGCAAUGUUUCAAGUCUGAAACAUAGUAUAAUAACAUUCUCCAAUGAGAACAAGAUUCAGUCUAGCUUCAGAGAUAACCAGAACCAGAAUUCCAACAUUAUUACAAGGGGAAAUUCUAUUAAUACUAGAAGCAAUAGAAAUUGGAAUCCUCACCCCAGGGGAAAAAUUAAAAUCAAUAUUGAUGCUUCUGUUUUACCAAAUUCUUUUCAUACUGGUAUUGCUCUAAUUAUCAGAGAUUUUACAGGGAAGAUGGUGGAGGCAUGGACGCUGGUAGAAAGGACUAGAGAUGUUGCUCAAGCUAAAGCAAUGGCAGUGUUAAAAGCUCUUCAGUGGAUUCUCCAGUUACAGCUUCAGAAUGUCAUUGUGGAGGGAGACAACAAAGAAGUCAUGGAUAGUAUCAAUGGAGACAGUAUCAUCACCAGAUGGGAAAACAGUAAUAUCAUCAGGGAGUGUCAGCAUUUAAUGAAGUGUCUAGGUAAUGUUCAAGUUUGCUUUCAAAGUAGAAAGUGUAAUCAAGUGCAAGACUUACUUGCUAAGUAUGAUAAAGUCAAUAAUUGUACUAGGAAAUGGAGUUCUAUACUCCCAAUGUCUGUCAUGUAUAGGUUAGAGUUUGAGAAAAAUCUUGUAAUGCUUAACUUUAUUGGGUUGCUUUGA